AUGAAAGACGUCGAGUUUCAAGACAUCGAGUAUGCGGUCAACGUACGCAAAAGUUUCCUGAGUGAAAGCCACAAACGAACGAUACUGAAGGGUGUCAGUGGCGUGUUCCGGCAUGGACAAUUAACGGCCAUUAUGGGACCCUCCGGGGCAGGCAAGAGCAGUUUGCUGAACGCAAUUUCUGGCUACCGCAAAUCCGGCGUGCAGGGCACGGUGCACAUGAACAAGAAGGCUUCGUGCUACAUCACGCAAGAGGAUCACCACCAGCCGAUGCUGACGGUCGAGGAGCUGAUGCGGAUCGCCUGUCGGCUGAAGAUUAAGGAGCAGACCGACGGCCAGUCGGAAACGAUCGCCGAGGUACUGGCGAACCUGAACCUGAACCACCGACGGAACGUGACGGCCGAGCGGCUGAGCGGUGGCGAACGGAAGCGACUCUCGAUCGCACUGGAGAUGGUCGCCAACCCGUCGGUCUUCUUUCUGGACGAACCGACGAGCGGGCUGGACGAGGUGACGGCGGCCAACUGUAUCCGGAUGCUGCGCGAUCUGGCCCGCCAGGAGCGCACGGUCGUGUGCACGAUCCACCAGCCGUCGGCCAGCAUCUUCGCGCUGUUCGAUCACAUCUACGUGAUCGCCCGGGGACAGUGCGUAUACCAGGGCAAUCCGAAGGCGCUCGUGCCCUUCUUGGCCCACAUGAACAUCGAGUGCCCGAGGCACUACAAUCCGGCAGACUUUAUAAUCGAAAUCUGUGAUAGUGACACCCAGGAGAUCAUUCCGACGCUGGCGGACGCAAUGCAGAACGGGAAGUCGAUCUGUUGCGAACAACAACAACAGCUGCCCAGCGGCCCCGGGUCCGCCGGUCCAGCUUCGAUCUCCUCACACACCGAACCGUCGUCGCUGGAGCCGGUCGGCGAGUUUGUGCUGAAACCGACCGUCACCUCGAUGAUCCUCGAUCCGCGGCAGGGGCCGCACGUCAGCACGCUGGUGCAGAAGAUGAAACAGAUCACGCGCUUCUUCCACAACCGCCACGCCGUGUCCGGGUUCGUUCAGUUCUGGGUACUGUUCCGAUUGAUGUGGACGAAGAUCAUCCGCAACCGGACGGUGCUGUGGAUUCAACUGAUCCACCACAUCGCGUGCGGCAUCUUCAUCGGUCUCAUCUUCCUCAACGCUGCCAACGACGGAGCCCGAAUGUUCGAUCAUCUGAAGUUUUGCCUCGGUGUGUGCUUCUUCUUCUGCUACACGCAGAUAAUGGUCCCGGUUCUGAGUUAUCCCCGCGAGGUGAAGCUGGUGAAAAAGGAGUGCUUCAACCGCUGGUACGGUCUGUUCCCGUACUAUCUUGCCCUGACGCUGUCCCGGUUACCGGUGCAGCUGCUGCUCAACAUUGUGUUCACCGUGCUUGUCUACUGGUUGUCCGGAUUGCCUCCGGAGUUCUACCGGUACUGCCUGUUUGCGCUCGUCGGAAUCAUUGUGUCGCUGUGUGCCGAAGGAUUCGGUCUCAUGAUCGGCGCCACCUUCAACGUUAUGAACGGAUCCGCCAUCGGUCCGUUAACGAUUGCACCGUUCCUCGGGUUGGCCAUCUACGGGUUCGACUUUGCCCCGCAAAUCCCGCUCUUCAUGCAAUGGCUGAUGCGUGUGUCCUUCAUCCGGGGCGGCGUCGUGUCGGUGGUUCUGGUCGUGUUCGGCUACAACCGGGCCCGGCUGGACUGCAACGAGAUGUACUGCCACUUUGACGACCCGAAAGUGCUGCUGCACUACGUGCGAAUCGACAACACGACGCUCCUGUUCGAGCUGGGCAUUCUCGUCACGAUGACCCUGUUCUACCGAUUGGUGUGCUACCUCAGCCUGCGGCGAAGGUUCUACAAGUGACGGGGCAGUGGAGGGGAGUGGCCCCACCUAAUCAUCCGUGUGAUGCUUUUUGGCUAUUUUCAAUUAAAAGUUCAGAAGGGCGAACAGGACCAAUCAAUCUGUAAGACUUGACUAUCAGUUCCGUAGACGGUAGGCGACGAGGUGUAUAGAUGUUUUGGCUAGGCUAGGCUUAAGGUAACAACAGGCGAAAGGGAACUCUUUAAUUGUGGAAUCCAAAGUAUGGCCAAUGCAGUUUACCUCUUUUCCACCAUUUCAAUCCGGUAACAGUGAAUAGCUUUCUGUAGGUAUGUAGUGCAUUACACAUUCCCUAGUUUAUAGUAGAGGAAAGAGGAUUACUUGUGUUUUUUACAAACGAACGAAAGAGAGCAUUGUCCAGGACAACGCGUAGGAAAGCGGCCACCGUGUGUAGCGUGUCGCGCUCCGCUUUAGCUACGCUCAUGAUAUUUCGUGUACCCUUUCGUUUUUGGCUCACUCUAUUAGUGUUUAAACUCGGCAACAAAUGUAUUGUUUUGGAAGGGAUAGCGAAUAGUGAUAACUAUACUUUUUUAUAGCGAAACAAAAAGUGAAACAAACCGUGUACUUAUGAAAAACAAAUCUCAAAAUUAAUAAACUGACGAAUCGAGUGCGAAAUU